ACUUCAAACAGCAGGGAGACGUCCAGCAGCUGCAGCAGCCGCAGCAGCCGCUUUAAUCAACAACAAAACACCGAAUUUACUAGCUGGAAAAUGUCUUUUACUCCGAAGAGGCCCUGCCCGGAGCCGCUGAACGACUCGAUGAACGACUCGAUGGAGAGGAGGAUAAAACGGAUAUCAAUCGAGGGAAAUAUCGCGGCGGGCAAAUCCACCUUUGUGCGCCUUUUGGAGCAGGAGAGCGGGGACUGGGAGGUGGUACCAGAGCCAAUCGCCAGAUGGUGCAAUGUCCAAACAAAAGGCAGUGACUUCGAGGAGCUGACCACAUCUCAGAGGAGUGGGGGGAACGUGCUUCAGAUGAUGUAUGAGAAACCAGAGAGGUGGGCCUACACCUUCCAGAGCUACGCCUGUAUCAGCCGGGUGCGUGCCCAGAUCAGGUCGGCCAAUGGGAAGCUCCGAGAGGCUGAGAAUCCCGUGCAGUUCUUCGAGCGGUCAAUCUACAGUGACAGGUACAUCUUUGCAGCCAACCUCUACGAGAGCGAGUGUCUGAAUGACACAGAAUGGUCCGUCUACCAGGACUGGCACGGCUGGCUGCACAGCCAGUUUGGCAAAAACAUCGAGCUGGACGGCAUCAUCUACCUCAGAGCAUCACCAGAGAGAUGUUUAGAGCGGUUGCGCCUGAGAGGCAGAGAAGAAGAGCAAGACAUCCCUCUGGAGUAUCUGGAGAAGCUCCACUUCAAGCACGAGAGCUGGCUGCAGCACAAGACCAUGAACAUGGAGUUUGAGUAUCUCAGUGACGUGCCGGUCUUAACCAUGGAUGUGAAUGAAGAUUUUAAGGGGAGUAAAACCAAGAGUGCCAACAUGGUUGAGAAGGUGAAGGAGUUCUUGAGCACGUUGUGAUGGAAAAUCCAAUCUGUGCCCACAGGAGGAAGAAGAUAAUGUAUUUUACUUUGAAAACAAUGAAAUGCCUCAACAAUGAAUACUCUUGUUUUUAUACUAUAAUUAUAAAUGAUUUAGCUUGUUGCUUUCUUAAAUUUGCUGUGUAUUUAUAAAUAUUUUGUGUGUAAUUGAGAAUGUGUCCAUUCUCCAGUGACAAUAAACCUGAAAUACUUAGUGUCGUACA